GGCCCCUCAUUCUCUCCCUCUCUGGCUGCAUGGAGGAAGUUGUGUGGGUGACCGGGUGGCAGGCAGACAUGCUAAGGGAGAGGGUUUGCAGCAAGGGAUGAGGUUCCUGUGUCCCUCGCUCUGCCCUGGCCUCUGCCACUGGCUCCUGGGCCGGGCACAUUGAGGGGGGCUCCUUUGUCCCCCUUCCCUUAGAAGGUCUCUUCUCUGCCCACCCUCAGUGCCUGCAGUGCCCAGUCUGGGCGGCAGCUGAAGACCAUCAGAAAAUGAGGUUCUGUGGGUGGGUGGGUAGGCAGGCUCAGGAAGCUGCAGUAGGAGGGUCUGGGACUUCCUGCUCAGAGCUUGGUGAGCCCAGCGGGGGCAGGGGGCUGCAGGGAUCCGAGCCUGCCUGGAUCCCUUCCCACCUCAGCUCCCCAGGCAGGGGGCUCACCCUUGCGCCUUUCCUGGAGAGCGUGUUUCUGCGUGCGUGUGUCCUCUGGGUGUCUGACGGCCUUGGUCUGUGUCUGUCUGUUCCCAGAGGUGUCCAUGCACGCUGUAGUUCUGCCCGUGAGCCUGUGUGUGCCUUGGCACCGUCUUCCAUGUGUGUGACCUGUGUGUAUGUGUAUCCCUGUGAGCGUCUGCGUUUCUGAGUGUGUAUCUGUCUCUGUGUGUUCACCCAUAUGCCUGUCUGGGCAUCUCUAUGUUUGCAGGAAUGUGUGUCCCAUGAGUGUCUGUGGACAUGCUCCGUGCCUUCACAUGUGUCUCAGAGCCUUGGUUGCCGUGAAGAUGCAGGCAUAAGUCCUGGGGGACAGCCAGGGAUGCUGGGUCCUGGGGCAUCUGCCCGUUCCAUCCUCUUCUGAUUUGCCAGGUAUCCUAGCGACGCUGCUGCCGGUUGCUUAGCAACCAGGUCCCCAUUCUUGGAGAAGGUGCUCUGAGCAGGGUCUGAGCUGUCGGGAGAGGUCUGCUUCUCCUUCAAAGCCCGUGCAGGAAGAACGACCCCGUGACCAGGUGGGAGCUGGCGAUUCAGCUCAAGGGUCACCCACACGGCCUUGACCUGUGACCUUUCAUCUCAGUGGAUCGGGCAGGGGACCCCCGUGCUGAGAAAGACACAACUCCAAAGGAGCCGCUCAGCUUUGUGGGGGCCGGGGCCCCGUGUGGGGAGCGAUGCUUGGCACAGCUCUGGGACACAGCUGUGGCAGACGUGCCCUUGGCGUGUUUCCCAGUGACAAGCAGACCUGGGGUUUCAACCCGUCUCUGUCGCUCUGCAGGGCCUCAUGCUGCUGAAGCUUUAUGCUGUCGGCAGUGGCCGGGUGUGGUGGGAGUGACUGAGCUUCGGGAGCACGCAGUAGGUGCUGGGCCAGUGCUGGGUCUCGCCUGCUUGUUUACCAUGAAGCUUUGAUCUGCGGAGAGCUGGCCGGCCUGCGCAGCCCCUCCCCCUCUGGAGCUGCAGCCUCCUCCCCCCACCCCCCGUGUCGGGCUGCCGGGCUCACUUGGCUGCUGCGUCUGGUCUGGCGGUCUGGCGUCUGCUGAGGAGAAGGAGACCCUGUGCUGAGCCAGUGGCGGCUGGGCCUCUUCCACCCUGCUCUGCACCUGCGCUCGACUGCUGGCUGGCUGAGGGUGGGGGUCUCUACGGUGGUCCCAGCUCCCAAGAAGGUUGCAGAGGUGCUACACUCAGUGGAUCUGCAGGGCACUGGCAUGGAGCCCCUCUUCCCCGCCCCGUUCUGGGAGGUCAUCUAUGGCAGCCAUCUUCAGGGCAACCUGUCCCUGCUGAGCCCCAACCACAGCCUGCUGCCUCCGCACCUGCUGCUCAACACCAGCCACGGCGCCUUCCUGCCCCUUGGGCUCAAGGUCACCAUCGUGGGCCUCUACCUGGCCGUGUGUGUUGGGGGGCUCCUGGGGAACUGCCUCGUCAUGUAUGUCAUCCUCAGGCACACCAAAAUGAAGACAGCCACCAAUAUUUACAUCUUUAACCUGGCCCUGGCAGACACUCUGGUCCUGCUGACGCUGCCCUUCCAGGGCACAGACAUCCUCCUGGGCUUCUGGCCGUUUGGGAACGCCCUGUGCAAGACCGUCAUUGCCAUCGACUACUACAACAUGUUCACCAGCACCUUCACGCUGACCGCCAUGAGUGUGGAUCGCUACGUGGCCAUCUGCCACCCCAUCCGCGCCCUUGACGUCCGCACAUCCAGCAAGGCCCAGGCUGUCAAUGUGGCCAUCUGGGCCCUGGCCUCUGUUGUUGGCAUUCCUGUGGCCAUCAUGGGCUCGGCACAGGUCGAGGAUGAAGAGAUCGAGUGCCUGGUGGAGAUCCCUGCCCCGCAGGACUACUGGGGCCCUGUGUUUGCCGUCUGCAUCUUCCUCUUCUCCUUCAUCAUCCCCGUGCUCAUCAUCUCCGUCUGCUACAGCCUCAUGAUCCGGCGGCUGCGUGGAGUCCGCCUGCUCUCGGGCUCGCGAGAGAAGGACCGGAACUUGCGGCGUAUCACUCGACUGGUGCUGGUGGUGGUGGCUGUGUUCGUCGGCUGCUGGACGCCCGUGCAGGUCUUUGUGCUGGUCCAAGGGCUGGGUGUGCAGCCGGGCAGUGAGACUGCCGUGGCCAUUCUGCGCUUCUGCACAGCCCUGGGCUACGUCAACAGCUGCCUCAACCCCAUCCUCUAUGCCUUCCUGGAUGAGAACUUCAAGGCCUGCUUCCGCAAGUUCUGCUGCGCCUCCGCCCUGCGCCGGGAGAUGCAGGUGUCUGACCGCGUGCGCAGCAUCGCCAAGGACGUGGCCCUGGCCUGCAAGACCUCUGAGGCAGUGCCGCGGCCCGCAUGACUAGGCGUGGACCUGCCCAUGGUGCCCGUCAGCCCACAGAGCCCGUCUACGCCCAACACGGAGCUCACACAGGUCACUGCUCUCUAGGCUGACACGCCCUGAGCACCCAGAGCCUUGGACAGGCUUUUCCCUGUGGGCCAGGGACGCUCGGUCCCAGAGGAGGACCUAGUGACACCGUGGGACAGGUCAGAGCAUCAGUGCUACCUCCAAGGUCCUGGACACACUGAAGCUGCCCUCCUGGUGCAGGGCUGCAGGGACACAAGGACCUACCUGGAAGCAUCUGCUGUGCCGGUGGACAGCCCCAACUGGCGCCUGAGCCCCCCAUGCCUCCCGUGACUCUUGGCCGCUCUGUUGCUGUGUUGGCAGAACCCUGGGUGAGCACGCACUGGAGGAGCCGCAGCAGCUGUGUCAUCGUGCACACCCCAUGUGCUGUGUGCAUGGCAGGGCUCCAGCAGCAUCUCCUCAGGGCAGCUGGACAGGCUUGGCGCCUCCCUGUAAGUGCAGCAGGGCAGCUCUUCUGUUGGGUGGGACUUGCCCUGAGCUUGGAGCUGCCACCUGGAGGACUUGCUGUUCUGACUGCAGCUGUGCAGCCAGGGUCACCCCAGGAGGGAGUGUCCCAGUGGACUGUCAGUCACUGGCUGUAGACACUGAGCUGGGCCUGGGCCAGCCGCACCUCUGAAGGUUUUCUGUGUGCUGCCCCAUGCAGGCCUCAUCCCUGACUGCAGCUUGGCUCUGGGCCCAACCCCGUUUCCCUGCAGGAGAGCGGCGGGAGGCCCUGACCCAUUCCCUCCGGCAGUGCUACAGCCUUCCCUCCACGGACCGGACGGGACCGGAUCAUCAGCUGAGCCCUGCUUCUCGGUGCGUGGGAGGGGCUCAGGAGGAAGGCGCCUCCUGACCACCAUGGGCAGCUCUGUUGUUCACAAAGUAGAGGCCUCAUUUUCCUGGUCUCGACUGCUCUGUUUGGAGCAGGGUGAGGGAAGAUUUUCUGGGGGUCCCCACAUCCUCCCAGGGCUCCCCUCAGUCUCUCCUUUGCUUGAAGUCAGUGGUCGGUGGCUGUGCUGUGCUUCGAGGGAAGCUGUGUGGGAGAACCCAGUGGCCACAGCAGAGUUCUGCUCUGGUGACGCCUGCUUCAUUUACGGACCUCAAGAUGGUCCUGCGCAGGGCCUGAGCUUGCUGCCCAGAGGGAGGUGUGGGGCUUGGCAGGGCUUGCUUGAGCCCAGCUGCAAGGACUGUGGUGGCUGCAGGGACACUUGGGUGGGGGGUGCAGUAUCUGUACCUCAGGGGAUGCCUUGCUGCAGUCACCCAGAGAAUCACCCUUCCUGGUCUAUAGACGGAAGCUGCAGGUUGGUGACUUUGCAAAUGCUCUUCCUACAGACGAACUAUUAAAAUACCCGCAACAUUGAAAAAACUCAAUUUUUCCACCAGGUAACCUUAGGCAGCUGCAAAGAACAGGAAGUGAUGGUGUCUCGCCACAGAGCCUGCUCCUCCAGGUCUGGGGAGCCUUAGCCGUGGGGAUUGUUCCUGGGGAGGCCCAUGCUGUCUCCGUGACGUCUGUGGCAGGAGUCUCUGAGAACGGGAGCUGCCUAGCUGCAGUGUUUUCUUGCCAAGGCUAAGAGUUUUGUGAAUCUGUGCUGAUGUAAUUUGCAUCUUCACGUAUUUAUGCAUGUGGCAAGUGUGACGUCCCAUGCACGUAGUCCACCCUGGGUCUGUCUCCCAGGUCAUGAAAAAGGACCCUAAUAAACGCUCGCUCACUGGCUGGGUACUCUUCA